AUUCCCGCAAAAUGGAGGUCUGGCAGUUCGGCCUGAUUGUGUUGCUUGGCUUCGGAGUAGAUUUGAUUGAAUCUUCGGAUUUUUAUUCUUUAACUGUAGAAGAUUUAAAGGGAAAUGCCGUUCCAAUGAGUGUGUUUAAAGGAAAGGUGUUGUUGAUUGUGAAUGUUGCCAGUGAAUGCGGUUACACAGAUAAGCAUUACAAAGAGUUGGUUGAACUACAGACAAAGUUUGAUAGUCACGAUUUCAACAUCCUCGCAUUUCCAUGCAAUCAGUUUGGCCAACAGGAACCUCUGAGGAAUAGUGGUAUCGCCAGAUUUGUGAAGAACAAAUACAAUGUGAACUUUCCGGUGUUUUCAAAGAUCAAAGUUGUUGGUCCUGGGGCUCAUCCUUUGUACAAGUAUCUUUAUGCAAGUGCAAAAUAUGCUCCUCAGUGGAAUUUUGCCAAGUAUCUUGUGAGUAGGGCAGGCAAAGUGAUUCAGUUCUGGAGUCAACAUUAUUCACCUUUAGGUCUUGAGAAUUUUAUUGACAAGCACGUGAAUAUGGCAAUAACUGAUGAAUAUGAGGUCUAUAAUGUUUAUAAGGAACUAUGAUGUAACUUUAAGUUAACUCUUUAACUCUCAUGAGUGACCAACACAGAAUUUCUCCUUACAAUAUCAAUACAAUAUCAAGCAGAUAAGUGACUAGAAUGAAGGAAAAUAUUAACUAGGGGAUUAUUAGUUGAUCCAAUACCAAAUUCUCCAAAUUAACAGCACAAGAACUAUAUGGUAGACAGUAAGGAGAAUUGCUAGUGAGAUCUUGGGAGUUAGAGGGUUGAAAAAGAGGAAUUUGCUAAGUGAAGUUGCAGUUAAUCUGGUUUUACCACAUACAAAAAAAAUUAAAAAUAUAUUUUAUUUUUAUGUAAAAGAUUAUCAGCACUUUUUCUGAAAUUACUUUUCAAUCCCAUGAAGAAAUUUGUUAAUUAAUGUACUUGAAUAAAAAUUCUUUCAAGACAAAUUCAGUUUUUUAGAUAACAAAGUGCAAAAGAGAGGUCCAGCAAUUCAAACCAGGGAAGGGUAAUUCUGUGGAUUAGAAGUAUG